AUGACGAAAAAUUCGGAAUGUAUUAACGAUAUAAAUUAUAUUGAGGUUGAAAAAGAUGAAAAUAAAAAUAUCGAUUUGUGUAGCAACAUCGAAAUUAAUAGUACUCCAAAUAAUGAAGAUAUCAAAAAUAGUAGAAUAAAAACAAAAUUAUUUUUUAAGAAUAAAAAAAAAAAUACAAAAGGAGAUAAUAAUUGCAUUCAAGAAAAUUUGAAUACUGGUAAUGACAAGUGUGAUUUAAGCGGAAAUAGCCAAAGCGAUACAAGUUUGUCAAAUAAAAAAAAAACAAACAAAAUAGAGUGUAUUGGAAAAGACCAAUGCGAUGAUAAAGUUAACGAAACAUUAAUGAGCAAUAUUAGUAUUGAUAGCACUAAUAUCACUAGUAAUAGUAGUUAUAUAAAUAGUGAGAAAUUAAUUGAAUAUAACGAUGCCGAAGUUAAGAAAAAAUAUAAAGAUAAUUCAAAAAAAAAAAAUGACAAUAAAUCAGACAAAACUAGCGGAGCAAGUAAUAAUAAUAAUAAUAACCUCGAAUUUGAAAAGGACAAAAAUGACAUCCAUAAAAAAAGUGAAAACAAUGUUAAUGGUGAUAAAAACAAAAAACAAAAUAACGAGGGAGAAAAUAUUUCAACCAAUUUGGAAAAUAAUGAGAUUAAUACUAAGAAAAAAAAUAAAAUAAAUUCAAAAAAGGGAGGAAAUAAAAAAACAAAGAACAAAAAUAAAAAAUACUUGCAAAAUUCCUGGGCGUUUUCAUUUGAUAAAGACAACCGAAAAUCCUAUGAUCAAUACAUGAGCAAUUUGACAACUUUGGAGCCCUUCAAUACGAUAGAGAAAUUUUACAAAAAUUACAAGUAUAUGAAAUCUCCGUCUUCUAUUAAGGAGUAUUACAAUAUUUAUCUUUUCAAGCAAAGUUUUAAGCCUCUCUAUGAAGAAUAUUCUAACGGGUUUAUUUGUAUUAUAAAGGAUGCAAACAAUUUCAAAAAUAAUAUUGCUGAUUUAAUAUGGGAAAAAAUGGUCCUUUUAUCAAUCGGAGAAAAAUUUAAUUUAGUAGAUCUUUCUGGUAUACAAUUGUGUAUAAGGGAAAAUGAAAUAUUCUUCAAAAUAUGGAUGAAAAAUUAUUCCAACUAUUUAAAAAACAUUUUAACGAAGCGAUUAAGCGAAUUGCUAGAUUUACACUUAAACGUGUCCUUUGUUAUAAAAAUACUAUCCAACACAUAUUUUAACAGGAAAAAUGCCAACAUAAAGGAUAAAACUGAAAAGGGAAAAAAAUAUAUUAAAAAUAAAUCAUCAGAAUAUUCCUCCAAAAGAGAAAAAUUGAAUAAAAUAAAACCAUAUGGGCAUAUUAUAAAUUUCCCACCUUAUAAUUUAUUAGGAAAUCACAAUAUAUACAAAAAAAAUAUAGACAUGAACUUAUACUAUUUAUAUAACCAGAAUAUGGGUAAUAAUCCAUAUUUAUACUAUCCUUUAAAUAUACCCAAUUAUUAUCAUAACGGUUAUCCAGAAUAUAUAUACAACUACAAUUUACCAAUUAAUGCUGAAAAUGUAAACUUUAUGACACCGGAUAUAUAUAUUGAAAAUAAAUUUGUAAACAGUCAAACGAAUGGAAUAACCUUUACAGAAAAGAAAAAAAAAAUAUGA